AUGGCUUAUGGCUCUGAAAGGCAUAGGAAGGUUGAAGACACUCCGGAAGGAUUCCCUUUCGAAAUGGAAGAUAACCCUGGACACCAGACAGUAACAUUGACAAGAGAAUACAACGGGGAACAGAUCGAAGUCGUGGUGAACACACCUUGUCCUUUCACUGGCAAGAAUGGAGAAGACGAUAUGGAGGACGACGAUGAUGAAACACCUAGCCAGAGGUGGAGUGAAUCGAGCAUUCUAUUAGUUGUCACUGUCACCAAGAAGAGUGGACUGAGUCUAGAGUUUAGCUGCACCGCUUUACCGGAUGAGAUUGCCAUUGAUGCUCUAUCCGUGACUCAUCCCGAGAAUUCUUCCGAGGAGCCAAUGGCAUACGAUGGACCUGAUUUCCAAGAUUUGGAUGAGAAUCUGAGGAAAUCAUUCCACAAGUUUCUGGAGAUUAGAGGGAUAAAGGCAAGCACUACAAAUUUCUUGCAUGAAUACAUGAUGAGGAAAGACAGCCGAGAGUAUUUGCUGUGGUUGAAGAACCUCAAGAAGUUCAUUGAAGAGUGAAAUGCUCUGCUUUCUGUUUGUGCUGAUAAAAUCUGAGACUGGGACUUGCAUAUGGUUAUAUUGGUUUUGCGCUUUCACGGCCUCUGAAAUCAAUUGGUUUGUCAAUUAAAAUCAAUGGUCUGACAUAACCAAUGAUUUUAACCGUUCCGGUUAGCCGCAUAACCACUCUGCAAACUUCCUUUGGGGUCGUGUUUCAUAAUCUCAUAAACAUGUAAACACAAACAUAAACUAGUAGGAAGAGAUGUUCGAGAAAAAAACA